GAUAGUUUGAAAUUUGAAUUGCUGAGGCUUCUCGCCGUACCAAAAGACCAGUCAUUGGAUGGAAAACAACUGUUUCAGUCGUAUUCACAAGUCUAUUACAGUGUGCUGCUAGUUAGUGGCGAGCAGUUGUCGUCUAAUUAGGAUAUCGUAAAGAAGCUUCGUUGGGUGUCCGGCACUAGGAGUAAACAUUUUGUUGACACGCAAUGCACCUAUGAUAGCCUAUGAUAAGUGGUACUCUGUGAAGCAGGUCUCGUGUCAUGUAUAUGUAAAUUUGGACAUAUUGUUCGGACGUUUUCUUCAAGUAGGGAAGAACCUAUACAACAAUGAACACGUAGCAAUAAAAAUGGAGCCAAUGAAAUCAAAAGCACCCCAACUGCACUUAGAGUAUAGGUUUUACAAAUUACUAGGAUCACAUGCAGAAGGUAUACCGGAGGUAUACUACUUCGGUCCCUGUGGCAAAUACAAUGCACUAGUUAUGGAAUUACUCGGUCCCUCACUAGAAGAUCUGUUCGAUCUGUGCGGCCGGCGAUUCUCGCUGAAGACAGUACUCAUGAUAGCAAUACAAUUACUCCACAGGAUCGAGUAUGUGCAUAGUCGUCACUUAAUUUAUAGAGAUGUAAAACCAGAAAAUUUUCUAAUCGGUAGAAGUUCAAAUAAACGUGAUAAAAUUAUACAUAUAAUAGAUUUUGGUCUCGCCAAAGAGUAUAUUGACUUAGAUACGAAUAAACACAUACCAUAUCGAGAACACAAGUCGCUGACGGGCACGGCGCGGUACAUGUCGAUCAAUACGCAUAUGGGCAAGGAGCAGUCCAGGCGUGACGACCUGGAGGCGCUCGGUCACAUGUUUAUGUAUUUCUUAAGAGGUUCACUGCCAUGGCAAGGUCUGAAAGCCGAUACACUCAAAGAGCGAUACCAAAAAAUUGGUGAUACGAAACGGGCGACACCGAUCGAUGUGCUGUGCGAGGGACACCCAGAGGAAUUUGCGAAAUACCUGCGUUACGUGCGGCGGCUAGACUUUUUCGAAACACCUGAUUACGAUCACUUACGGAGAUUAUUUCAAGAUUUAUUCUAUUUUAAGGGUUAUGUAGACGACGGUGAAUUCGACUGGACCGGCAAGACGAUGUCAACCCCCGUUGGAUCGUUGCAGACCGGCCAUGAAGUAGUUGUAUCACCAAACCGAGAAAGACACACACCUGUAAAUAAGCAGACGAACUCGAAGGGAGGUGUCGCCGCCUGGCCGGACGUGCCCAAACAGACUGGAACCUUGGGCAACCUAACGCCGGCCGACCGACAUGGUUCAGUUCAGGUCGUAAGUUCAACCAACGGAGAAUUGAAUGCCGAUGAUCCCACAGCAGGACAUUCGAACACACCCAUCACUCAGCAGCCGGAAGUGGAACUGAUCGACGAAACAAAAUGUUGUUGUUUCUUUAAACGAAAGAAGAAGAAAUCAUCCCGUCAAAAAUGACUAGAAGCAGUGCAAUGUAGUCCGGAACGUGAGGCUGUCAAGCUGCUACGAGCAACGUCACACUCCAACUCGCGCGAUAGCGUGCUGAAUCCAAGCCAGGAUUACAUCCAGGCGUCGUCGCAGCAUACGAUCAGAUAUCCAUCCACCUCUGUACUGGCAUCGACACCGAACGCCACCACGCCGACACUUCCAUUGUAAUUUAUUGCUAACUAUUAUUAUACUAAUCCAGAUUAAUAAUUAAUUAAUUAUUAAAUUAUUUAUUAUAAUUUACCGCGCGGUGUUGCAUCCCCCACGAAACAAACAAACAAACAAACAAAAAUAUGAAACGCGAAAAUCAUCUUCUGUUUACGACCAUGAUUCUAUUCGAAACAAAUACGCUAUUUUGACGCGUACCCGGUUGUGUCCGCUUACGGUCAAUCCGGUGUCCGUCGUGCGUGCAUGCGUCGUCGGGUCGAAUGCAUACGAAACGUGAACGCGUUGUGUGUCCCCGCCAAAAACCAAAAAAAAACAAACAUCCAACUAAUUCGAUUUCAACCGACCACCCGAAUCGCCCGUGUCAUGUCAUCAUCCCAAAAAACGAAAAAAAAAACGACGAAACGACGAGUAGUGACUUUGAUGAUGACAUUGAUUUCGAUCCCGACGACCUCACGAUCCUGUUGCACUUUUUCCGCAAACUCUGAGACCGGCUUCCGAUCUCCCAGAAGAGAUCCUGCAGACGACUGCUACUAUCGGCCACUACUCUGUCUAUCCGAUUCUUAGUAGCCCUAGAACAUCACCAUAUCAGCCGAUUGCAUUUCACUGUAAAUUCUACUACUACUACUACUACUGCUAUCACCACUUUUACGAACCUAGAACAGAGUACAACAGAACAACUGGUCACCAGCAACACCACUACCACCACCACCACCACCACAUCUUCUAUUACGUUUUCCUUCUAGUAGUACCACCCAAGAAUUAGUCAAAAAAAUCCCCUCCUAGUGACAGCAUUUCCCUCUCUAAAGUCCGUGCAGAAUAGAUUAGGCAUACCGAACAGACGGAAACAAAAACAAAAAUCGAAACAGAACAUUGUAAUAGAGAAAGACAACAUUCCAUUUCCCUCCGCCCGGGUCACGUGUCGCCGCCACGAGCGGGACCCACUAAUUGAAUAGUCCCAGCAACUCAACCGAACUGGCUGGCACUUUAUCCCGACGUGGUGGCUGGCACCUAGGGCUAGGAACAGAAGCAGCCUAUCCAGAUAGACAGAAGACUCCGCUCUCACUCUCCUCUCUGAUGCUAAUCUACUACUCUACUACCUACCUCUCCAUCCAGCUAUCUUUCUAUCAAUUUAUCUAUGCAAACGCGAACCAAUAUCCUUCCCAGUACAAAACAAAAAAAAACAGAAACUCGGUCGUAGCAGGAAUCUGUAUCGUUCGUCUGCAUCAUCACAACAAAAGCGUCACUCAAGCGGUAAAUUCCGACUGCUACAAUUAGUAGUACACCCACCCAGCUUCUUCUUCACAGGGUGGUACUAAUGUUUUUCCAACAAGAAAGCGUGUUGUGUAAGGUUUAAUACCAACUAGUAAAGUUGCAAAUGAGGAUCACAAAAUUUUUUAAGCAUUUCGACCGGUUCUAGUACCAUUGCAAACGCUUUUUGUUUUACAAAAACAAACCAACAUUAGUCAAAUCGUGUCUUUUUUCUCUCGAUCGCGUCAUUAAUUUUAUACCCUCAAAAAAAACUUUUUUUUUUGAGCAACGAUCGUUUUCGGGUUCAAGAGUUGCGUCAACCUUCGGUUGGUUCACAUCAAACAAAACUUGGCAAAGCUUCUUUCCAUCGUAUACAUAGUGAGUCCUUUUCAACCCCUAACCAAGCGUGCAUUUAUGCCGUACUACACGGCAGCUUACUUUACUUAGAGACUUUCUUCUAUAAAUAGUAGUUUUUUGUUUUGUUUUUGUUUUUUCUAAACUACUACUUACUCAAUCAAAGAGAUCCCCUCAGCAAAGAAGAAAAAAAAAGUGAAAUAUGAUGCUCGAAAACCCUACACACGUUCCCUUCCGUGUUGGAACAUUUUUAACGGCUAUCGAUCGAUCGAUCGAUUGAUAUGACCCUUCAUGUCAUGGAAAAAAGAUGUCUACUAGAAAAACCAAUCUGUUUAGAACGAAUCAGUCAUUUUUGCUUAGCGUUAAGCGUUGAAGAACAAAAAACAGACUAGGACGAACAAAAUCUCUCAAUCAGAGCGUGGUGUAGAAGAAAGGAAGGACGGAAGAAAGGAAAGAAAGAGAAAGAGAAAGGAAGGAGCGUGUUAUAAAAUGCAAGGCAGCAUACUGUGUUUUUCAUAUUUUCCGUUUAUUUUUCUGUUCUUUAAGAAAACUAACCGAAUGGAAAACAAAACACUACUAAACUAGUUAUAAUAGUCGUUACUUUAUUUCCUUUUAUAAAGUGUACUGUAUGUAUGUUUUAAAACGGUCCAGCAAAGUGUGUAAAAUUGAGAAAAGAGUAUGAACCGUUUGUUAUCUAAAACAGAUAAAAAAGAAGUUUGCUGAAAAAAAAACAACCAACAGCAUAGAGAGAAACAAAAAAAGCAAAAAAAAUCACACGAGAUGAGCACUGUGAGAGUCUGUUGAUUUUGUUCUUUUCUUUUUCGUUUAAUCUAAUUGUGAUAUAAAUAGUUUCUUUUGUAUAGUGUAUAUUUUUACAGCGUACCAUUUAAGAGCAUAUUUAAGUCAGCAAGAAACUACUAGACCUAGAUGAAAAGAGAUGAAACAGAACGAGUGCAAAUAAAUUGAGAAAGAGAGAGAGAGAAAAAAACAGUGCGAGAAAGCGAUAGAAUGACAGAGACCGAGAGAAAACAGUGAAAAUGAGAGACAAAAAUAAAAACGA